CACAGUAAAUGCUCCCAUGCAUUAUUCUGUGGCAUAGUAUUGUGACUGUGUAAAUUGUAAACAUUGGACAACGUUUUUGAACAGGUUUGUGAUAAGCAAGGUGCAGUACAUUCAUGGACGAUCCAGCAAGGUGAUUUGUUCAGGUUCUGCAGAGUGAGUGUAGUCGGCACACGUGCUAGGUGUACUCUACUGUUUUAGCAAUAGCAGCUGCGUGUGCAGGAUCAGGAGAGUUGGAUGUACCAUUUUAAUUUUUGCUGUCUAUUCUGCCGUUCCAAGUUGAUUCUAUUGGAUGUCUGUCUUGAGUCCAAUUUGACAGUUGGGGAUUCAUUUCAUGUUCAGUCCACAGUUGUGCCUUUCUGAAUAAGCCAGCUCCGAAUCCAGUGUUCUCCUUUUUGACCCGUGUCCGUCAUUGACCUCCUCAGAUUUCAAGUGUGACAACCCUGUGCCCUACUCUAUUGUCAUUCAACGAGAUAAUCACAACUGCCUUAUCCACUGUAGAUGGUAGCAGUGGUGUUAAUUUCCCGAGAUAUUGUUAUGCUAGCUCUACUACAUUGCCACAUGACAUAACCAUUGCUACUACUGCAGCUUGGUAGUCUUGGAUACAUGGAUGGAAUACAUGGUGCUGGUAGGAGUCGAUAUUGACUCCAAUGCUUCUGGGUUCGCUGGGCAUUUUACCAAAUAUCUCACUUACAUCAUUCACGAAUGUAUGUAGACUUGUCAGACUUGAGCUAGGCUGAGCUGUACUUGUGUUUCCGACUGGUCUUGAAGUUCCAUAUGGAUGCAUUAGUCUAGCUAUUGAGACUGUUAGCACUUCUUGGAUCUACUUGGAAUAUGGAUGAACUAACGUUGACUGCAUUCAAGACAGAUUUAUAUUCAGUGGUUUUCGAUUCAGUUUCUUAGGAUUAUGUGUUUUCUGCUCGUGGACUACUCGUAGCAGGAAUGCGUGGAGGAAUGGAACAGCCUACCAUACUCAGCCCCAACGAUGUUAGGCUGCUCUUGGAGGAGGAAAGAGCCAUCUUUGGCUCACCGCUGGACCCAGAUGAUUUUGACACUCACUAUAAUUCUGGUCAGGAGGUUCAACAGAUCAGUGUCAUCAACCAGCUACCGGAUCUCCUCAGGGAUAACAAUGCGGACUGUAUGCGACGCGUUGUACCAAAAGUCAGGGAGGUGCUUCACCUUGCCCAGGCUGAGAUGCAACUUGCUGCCAGCAGUGCAUUCCUACAGAUUCUGCAGAAAGAGCUCGUACCGGUCCAGAAUUAUACGCAAACAUUCCUUCAGACUAUUCUUAUGAGUGUGGACAGCCGAGAUCCUGAUGUAGCAGGAGCUUGGCUUGAUACGCUAUUAGAUGUGAUAGAUCUUCUUCCAAAAGACGUCAUCAAAAAAGAUGUUUUAGCCAUCGCCGUAGCGAAGGGACAGCUCUCUCAGUCAGUCCAGUCCAGACUUGCCUGCUGUAAAAUACUUGGAAAAAUUGCUACCAAAUUCGAUCCUUUUGUUAUAAAGAAGGAGAUUCUUCCAGUGGUGCAGUCCCUUUGUCAGGAUGUAGACUAUGAAGUGAGAGGUUGUAUGUGUCGGCAGCUAGACCCUGUUGCUAGGGGAUUGGGACUUGAAGCAACAAAAAGUGCAAUACUACCGGAAUUGGUGGAGUUGACCAAUGAUGAGGAGAGCCAUGUGAGACUUGCUGGGUUGGAGACGGUCGUGAACAUGAUCAGUCUUCUAGACGAUGACACAUGUACGAACACAAUCGUCCCUCUUGUUUGUAAAUUCUGCCAGCAAGCGAUGGAGUCCGGGGACUCGACGUUACCGGUCGUCGCCAAACAACUCGGGAAGUUAUGUCAUGGACUCUCAGCCAAUUUAACUCAAGAUCAACGAACCUGGUUGAUCGACUUUUAUAAAAAGCUUUGUAAGUUAGGCCAGCAAAAGAAAUCAAAUAAAGAAGACAACUCGCCGACGACCAAAGUACCCGUAAGUUCCGCAAAAACACCGGUAACCUCUCCGACCAAAGCAUCUGUUAGUGCCUCCACCAAAACUGUCAGUUCUCCCACCAAAGUGUCCGUUCCUCAGCCUCCAAGAGCUCCAGUGAGUUCUCCACCUCCGCCAAAGCCUGCAGUGCCUUUGUAUGAACAAUUGAGUAUAACAGAGUUGUUCAAGCAGGACUCGCAUGAAGAGUGCAGACAGAACGCUGCCUUCAACUUUCCCGCUCUUGUUUUGUUUGGGAAUCCCAAAUCGUUCAAGUCACAGCUCUACCCGGCAUUCACAGCUCUCUGCACAGAUCCCAGCGUCAAUGUCAGGAAAAGUGUGGCGGCAGGCUUCCAUGAAGUUGCCAAGCUCCUUGGUCCAGAUGUAGCAUCCGUCCAGAAUGAUUUCAUAACAUUAUUGAAUGACGAUUCCAUAGAUGUGUUGAAAGGCCUCGUGCCUACGAUACCGGAGGUGUUAGGGUUAUUUGCUCAGGCCGGUGUUUCACAACAGGAGGGCAAGCAAACGCCUGUUCCAUUGACCGAUGUCAUUCCCGCGUUGAUAGCCUGUGAUUGCGUCGUGACGGCAUCUAACAACUGGCGCCUACAGGCAGACUUGAUGGACCAGUUGAGCUGCCUUCACAAGAUCUUCACCAGCGAACAAAUCCAUCAGAAAUUCAUUCCAUUGUUAUUCAAGAAGUUAUCUUCUGCGCGGGCAUUACCUGUACGACAUGCAGCAGCCAGGACUUUGUUGAUAUUGAUACGGUAUAAUCAUCGGCUGGAACAGAGACAGGAUAUGUGUUUUAGAAUAAUAGAGGACUUUUGCCAUGGUAGGAGUUGUCACCAGCGAUUCUUAUUUAUAGACGUCUGUAAAAUUGUGAUGGAACUGUUUUCAAAGACCUUUUUCAAGGAAUACUUCUUUGAAUUUCUAUUAGCAUUGGCGUCGGACCCUGUGGCGAAUGUACGCUUACGGUUAUGUAGAAUUUUACCCGCGCUAAAAGGUUUACUUAAAUUGCCAACGGACAGAAAUUUACUGCAACAGUUGGAUUCUAGUGUGAGGAUGAUUUUGAUAAACGAGAAAGAUCGCGAUGUGGAGGACGCGAUUCGGUUAUCAGUGGAGGAGUUGGAUAAGACACAGGUGCAGAUGGAGUCGGUCAUGAGGCGGUCGUACUUUGAUGAAGAUAUCGUGGACAGGAGGAAGGAGAAAGAGGAGUUGGAGCUGAUAGAAUUGGAGGAAAAAGAGAGAAAGGAAGAAGAAGCGAAGAUGGCCAAGGAUAAGAAGAAAGAUAAGAAGGACGGGACGAGUCGGAUUCCAGCACCAAAACGACAGACGAAGAUCCCUACAGCUAGCAAGGAGAAGAUCGGCUCGGGCAAUCAGGCAGCUAGGAAAGGUGCUACAGCUAGUAGUAAUACAUCAGUCAAAAGUGCGGGUUCAUCAGUGGGAGUGAGUAACAAAAGCAGCAAGACAGCCUCAUCUACAGCUCAAUCCAAGGGUGCAAACAGUUCAGUGACAGGUUCCCCUCGACUUGGUCAGCGACCAGUACCGAAUGGAGCCACAAAAGACAGGCGAGCAUCUGGCCCACCAGCCCCCGGUACAACUGCAGCAAGAACAUCUAGAACAACAGGCACAAGCUCUCCACAAGAGACAGCGCUACGAAAAAACUCCCUAACAGGGCCAAGCCAAGCAGUACGAAAAGUUAGUUCGGGUAGUAUACCCGUGGGUUCAACAAAAAGGAAGUCCUCUCUGGGUAAAUAACUGAUCAAGAAAUGCUGCAGUGACAAGUGGCAUCGUGUGAGAACAGCCCUGUAUCGAAAGACUCCAAGAUACAAUGUCUGUCAUGGACAGUUCGGGACACUUUGUUCAGAAGUUGUUUGUUUUACAAUGGGUCUAGUUACACGAAUAGCUGAACAUUUAGAGUUGGACUCGAUAGUGAGACGAAUUCUGGACUUCCGUGCCAUGGCUGGAUUGUAGAAUGACGUAUUUGUCUGUUUAUUAAAGGCACUGCCUGGAACAAGUGUGGGCACACAAAAAGUUUUGAGCCAAAUCAACCCGUUUACUAUGUGUACAGACUGAUGUGACAGCAAAUCUUUAGCAAACAUGUGUGGGACCACUUGCUGAGGUUUGAAACAGUAAUGUAGUAAUUGCAUCUCUGAUGUUCUCUCUGCAUCACUGGAACAAGUGUUGUUUGGGGAGAAUGUGGUUGGUUUUGGGUUGAUGCCCAUGUUUUCUACAUCUUAAACUUGGGGACAAUAUAGACAGGUCUUGGACUGAUGCCGGUUUUCAUAUCAUAAACUCAGGACUGUGGUUACGUAACUAAGAGUAGCUAGCUGUAGACAGGAGAUUAGUCUUUAUCUAGGCGUAGAAGCGGCCGCGACUUACUGUCAGUCUGUGAUAACUACCUGUAUACAAGCACUUGCCUUCACUUGGUGCACAAGCAACGAAAGUGGUAAUGCUAGGAGCACACACUGCACUAUUAGCACACACUGCACUAUUGUUGCAGUCGUCCUGCGUCCAAAUGUUUAGUCACAUGCACACACUGCAACCACUAUUUAAGCGCAUGGGUGGCUGAUUUUUAAAUUGCAGCGUGUGCAUUUGACUGAAGGAAUCGGAUUAGGACUAAGGUAAGCCGACACUGUGUACCUUCCAGAUGUGCCAAACAGGAUGAUGCUGGUUGGCAUUUUGAAUAACAGCGUCGUAGGGUGGUGAACCCCAUGGAUACUACUCAACCUUGGUCACUUAAGCAGUAGUUGGGCUGUGUCGUUGUGUCAAAGUCUUCAUACCGCAUUUCAGUCGAGUGGCGUGCACCAAGGUUAGUUGUGACUUGUACUUAGCAUUGAGACCUUGUAUUUGACUGGGUGUAUAUGAUAUUGUACAUUUAGUUGCCUGUCUUAGUCGCUGAUGUUUAGGUGCACGUUUGUAAAUUUAGUCGGGCCGCUUGGAUAUCGGUUGCGUUGAGACAUGAUGGGGCUUAGUGGAGUAUGGCUGACUUGUGGCACAUGAACAGAAUAGUGCGUCUUGUGGGGAGAUAGAAAGAUGAGAUUUCUAUUUACAGGGCAUUACCGAAUAAAAAUUGUAGAAUACAGUGGUUCGGAAACCAAUGUACUAUAAAUUGUUCCCCAGUGUACAGUUUCUAGAAAUUCUAAAUUGUAUAUAUCCAGUUUUGUUGAGAGUUCAAUGUAUAUCAUGAUUGUUCCAAAACAUAAAAAUCGUACGAAGUUUUAUCCCGAAAUUGUAUUAUGGAAAUAAUUGUAUGGUUGUUGAUACUUUUAAAAUUGUGGCAGAAGAUUUUGAAACUAGGUUUCCUGUGAAUUGUGCUGUACUUUGGUGUAUGGUUGGUUUUGUACAAAAAAGCCUGUUCAACUCUUCCAAAUUUCAGUCCUGUAACAACAGGCCUCAGUAACUUGGCGAUUUGACAGUUUUUAUUCUGAUAGUAAUUUUGAGCAUCUUGCAUUACCCUGCCAUUCGUUUGGUACUACAGUCCCAAUCACAAUUGACAUCCGUCCUGCUUCGCGACAGUGACACGCAGCUUCCUCAUGGAGUUGUACACCAAUGAUGCGCUUAUCUCUCUAUGUUUCGCGUAAAUUAUGUGCGAUAUCUGUGCGACUUACGCACUGGGUAGUGCUUCUAUGAUGCACCAAUGACGCGAUUUACGGGAUGUCAAUUGUGAUUAGGACUGUAUGUUCUGCUGUGUAGGUGAUUCCACUGGGCAUACAGCAAAUGAAGGACCGAUGUGAUUGAAGAACUUAUACGUAGGGCCGAUUCUCGAUUUGUAAUCAUUUUUUAACACGAUUUUAGAUCAACUUUGCAGAAUUGAUUAGUGAGGUAUUUAUUUCUAAGUUAUUCACAUCAUUUGAUAGGCGUUCACAUUGAAUUUUGAUUUUCAAUAUUGACACGUUAUUGUCAGGGAUUUCUUGAUAGUUUAUACAUGUGUUGAUGACAGUCACUUGUUUUCCACGAGUUCUCAUUAGAAAUAGGUUUCAUUUGUAUGUUGAUAUAGAGCAGAGAUUUGGGCAUACUUUGAUGAUCUGAGCCGGAUGGUGUGUGGCGAUUCUUUUAAAGAAAAGGCCUUUGUCACAGGAUAUCAGUGAUUGUAAUGAAAAUAUGUGCAGUGCUCCUCGGUGUCACAACCAAGGACAGCUAGGUUUGAUAUGGGUUGACCAUUUUGGCCAGAAACGGAAAGCCUAAAGCAUUUAGAACAAUCUCAAAAUGAAAUGAAUGCCAAUUUCAAGGGUGGCGGUUUCGUCUUUGUUUUCCAUAGAACAUGGUUCCAUGAAUUGGGGUAUAAAUACUGCAUUACAAUAGUUUUGGGAGAUUUUUGACCUAUCAUUGUUUUCUCUACCUACCUACCUAGGGUAAACGUUGCACUAGACAUUGAAUCAAGUGUACGGAGAUUUGUUAAAGACACCUGUGUUAUGAUUUAUUUGAUUUUGAUUGAGCACAUUUCUAAAGUGGGUAGCGCAGUUAGUUGAGUCAACCUUGAAAUCGCAAACAGAUGAGUCUAAUGAGUUGAAAUGUACAAGCCUUGAAUUUAACCCCUGCCACAGCUGCCAUGGCAGUGGAUGCCCACCAAAAUGGCCUUCGUGCCCUCUAUAUCUUCUUUCACUUCUUCCAGUAGCCAAGGCCAAAAUGGCUCUAAAAUGGGUCCCCUAAUAAUUGCUUUGAAUUCAAGGCCUGAAUAUGCACAUUGUUUGUGUUUGAAGCUGAGUUAUGGACUAAUCCAUUUGUAGAAAAUCGACUAAGAUAUAAUUGUCACUUUCAUGAACGAGGAGGGGUGGAGCACAGAAUGUGUUAAUAUUGGUCAUCGGACUUCACACUGGGGCAAAGGGCUGCAUGUGACAUCAAACACCUGGUAACGUCGAGACAAAUUGAAAUUGUAUCAACAUCACUCUGUUGCAAUGUUGCAUGUUUUAUAAACUGUCAGACGGACUAGUUUUCCUCUCCACCAGCAGAUAGCGCGAUCUGCUUGUAAGUUGGAUUGCUCGAUCCAACAGAAUGAGCCACAGCCCAACAGUUUUCAGAGUUUCAAUUUGAGGUGUGAUAGAAUUGAAAUUGACACCACACUAUUUGGUCUCCGUAUUUGAAUCGAAAACUUUGGUGGAGCUCGAAUUACAGCCCAAAUCAUUGUCUGGUUGAGCCUACAUUUUGGCUCCACCCACCUGGCAUCAGUCUUAGUACUAAGACCCACCUCUGGCUCUACUGAUGGACUGUCUUAAUUUUGUGUUUAAUUAUGAUAACAUGAACCACCGGAUACAUGUCUCUCCUUAACUGACUGUUCCACUUCCUAAGCUUGAUGAAGGCGUUUUUAAAUGCUAGGCCAGGGUCAAUGCACCACAAGUGAUGUCACUUGAAGCCCUCUGUCAGUUAUGAGAAUUUGACAACCUCUUAGUGAAUCGCGCAAGAGUAUUUUGUACACCACAUUUGAUUGUAAAUAUCAGAUUUUCUCAUAUGAUAAAGAGCAAAGAAACUAAGAUUA